AUGCUGAUGAACAAACUCGAUAGCAUGCAAAGUGAUAUCUUGUUCGAGUUGAAAGCCCUCCAGGAGUCCCAGAAUGUGAUCAGACGUGAACAGGAACUGUUUCGGUCAACGGUGUUAACCAAACUCGAAAACAUCGGUUUGGCGAAAAAUGAAACAAAUCCGGUACCGAUCGUCACAUCGUUUCGAUCAUGCAAAGAGGUGCCAGCCUCCGGAAAAUACUUCAUACAACCGACAGCCGAAAGUGAUCGUUUUCUGGCGUACUGUGAGCAGGACUUCCUGGACGGCGGCUGGCUAGUGAUGCAAAGCCGGUUCGAUGGAACUGUCGAUUUUCUACGUAAUUGGACCGAAUACCGCAACGGAUUCGGUGAUAUCGAAGGUGAGCAUUGGCUCGGAUUGGAGCAUCUGCACCAGUUUACAGCGGCCCAACCGUGUGAGUUAAUUGUUGUGCUGCGGGAAAAUGCAGCAAAUUAUCUCUACGCGCGUUACAAUGCAUUCAACAUCGCUGCUGAAACCGAACAGUACCGAUUGGAAUCACUGGGCACGUAUAGUGGGACCGCCGGCGAUUGGUUGAAUAGCCACAGCUACAUGAUGUUCUCAACCAUUGACCGUGAUAACGAUCGCAGGCAAGCGAGCAGUUGCGCUAUCGACAAUAAGGGCGGCUGGUGGUACCAUAAUUGUCGCCAUUCGAAUCUGAACGGAAUUAUGAUAGCGGAUGGUUCGAGCAUUCCAACAAUAGGUUGGGGAAAUAUUAAUCUUACCAACGGAAAGUAUAGCACGAAAAUGAUGUUGCGACCGCUUUAA